AUGGAAGACGUUGUCCUGAAAAACGCACAGUCAUGGACAAAGCUGAUAAGACAGUCAGUAGAGUUACCUGUAAUCAAGUCUUCAAAAGACAGUUGCUUUCAGCAGUUUCGUAAGGCUGCUUUGGAAAGGGGAGAACAAGCAUUGAAGAAGAAACAGAUCAAAGAAAAUGCCCUGAAAGAGCCGCCAGAAAAGUGCAGCCAAACAGGGCUAAGUAAAACAGGAGAAAAUCAACAAACUUCUAGAGAGGGGAAGGAUGGAUUGCAGACCAUUUUCACAGAGCCUACGUUAGAUGUUCACCAAGAUGGUAAUCUUCAAAGUCCGAGGUGUUCAAUGAGCCAGCAGCUUAUUGGCACACAGUCAUCGAAAGACCAAGGAGAAAUUGCUCACAAAAAGGAAGAAGAUCGUCUUCGGCGUGAGACUGUACCAGUUUUCAACUUCUCAAAGCAGUGGGACAUCAUGACUGCUUUUGAGCUGAGCAUGGAUGAAGAUGAAAUUGACUGGGAUAUAUUUAAAGUGUUUUUUGACUAUACAGCUUAGAUUGUGUUAAAUUGAUCUGUUGGUUCUUUCAAGUGUAAAG